AUGGAGGCAUUGCUGGCGCAUUCGUUUGACUAUCUCUCUUCAUACGAGCCAAGCAAGGUCCGGAAGGGUCUGCGACAGGUGGAAGGGCUCCUCGCACAGAUCUGUUUGUCCAAGUCGAAACGACCGGCGUCGGACAAGCGGCGGUCCCUCCUGUCCUUUGGAGCUCCGCAACCCGUGCCCAAGUCCCUGUCCGAACUCAAAGAUGACCCGGCUUUCAGGGAAUUCUUUAAGCUUCAGGAAGGCUUUCAAUGGAAUGUCGCAAUGCGCCUGGUAACAUGUCUCGAGCAUCUACUUGGGCGGGGCAGCAACGGUACCAAUGACGCCCUUAUUGUUACCACCCUUGACCUCAUCCAAGGCGUGCUUCUACUCCACCCGCCCUCACGCACAUUAUUUGCGCGCGAGAUCUACAUGAAUUUGCUCCUCGACUUGCUCGACCCCAUCAAUUGCCCAGCCAUCCAAUCAGCGACGCUUCUCACCUUGGUCACAGCUCUUCUGGAUCACCCAGCCAAUACACGCACCUUUGAGGAACUCGACGGACUACUCACCGUGACCUCACUAUUCAAGCAGCGGGCCACUUCGCGCGAAGUCAAGCUAAAGCUUGUGGAAUUCCUCUACUUCUACCUGAUGCCAGAAACUCCGAUGAUUCCGACAAGCCAUUCUGCGCCCAACACGGCCGUCAUGGGUCAUCAGCGCAGCCCCAGCAAGCUUGGCGCAGCGCAAGUGUCCAGGAGUGUCAAUGUCCCGGGGGCGUACGGCGGCGGCAAAGCGCAUCGGGAUACACGCACCACCGACGAGAAGCAAGCAUUACUAGGAAGACAUUUGAAUAAUGUCGAGGAUCUGGUGGAGGAUCUCAAAGAAACCGCCCCCUUCGGCGCCACCGUCUACUAA